AUGUUUCAAAAAACAGGUAAUAUUGACUUCACUUCGAAAGAUUUGUUGGAAAAUAUUAAUGAAGUUAUGGCAUUUUGUAAACAAAACUGCAGUGCGAAAUGUUUAAGUGUGUUAUUAUACAUGUCAUUGAGACACUUCAACGUUUCAUGUCGCAACGUCGAUGCUUUUUUAAGUGAAAUUGGAGGUUACAGGGCUGCAACAUGUCACAGGCAAACAGAUAGACUAAUCCACUACGGUUUCGAAAAAUUUGUGGCUCACGCACGAGAUGGAAAACGUGGUGACGCCUUUUGGGAUAUGUAUCCGAACAUUGAGCAGGAAGCUCGUGAGUUUUCUAUGGAAGCUUGUACUAGAAAAGCAGCUUCGUUUACAGUCGAGGAAUUAGCUCAGUUCAUAAAUGACAAAUAUUGUGAAAUCAAUGGCCUGCCAAAAAAAGAUUCAGGCUACAUUCGAUCUGUUCAAAGCUGUCGUCUUGAUCUUAAAGCUUGGGGCAUCACGUAUUCCGCCAACAAAAGUCGACCUUAUUUUUUGGGCCAUGAAAGACCAGAGGUUGUUGAGCACCGUGAACAAAUAAUCAAUUAUUUUCUAUCGAGAGAACAGUUUUAUUAUCAAGUCUCAGAAGGGGGUGAUCCAAAAUGGGUUCAACCAUCAGUUCCCGAGCCAGUUGUUUUACUCUGUCACGAUGAAAGUACUUUUCGUUCAACCGAAAUUUCUCACAAACGUUGGAUGGCUGAGGGCCAUGAGCCGUUUUUCGUGAAAGGAGAAGGCUUUCGUUGCCCUGAUGAUUUCAUUGAAUGGACAGAUGAUAACGGGAAACAUCAAAAAGUUAGUUGCUAUUAUCCGUCGGAUGUUAAAGAAGGCUGA